CUCUGUUUAUUUUCAAUUUUUUCUGAAUGUAUUUUGUGAUAUUUUUUUUGGCCGAGACGCAUUUUGAAAUUGUGUUUUUAUUUUUAGUUCCGUCAUCUUCUAGCAAUUGCAUUCGUCUACAGGAAUCUCUUGUCCUCGAUUUCUGCUGCAUGUCAACGAGAUAUGUAAUUCUAGUAAUUUUGAUUCGCCGGCUUUUAUUUUUAAAUAGGUUUUCAGCAGCGUCGGCGAGUUUUUGACAUUUAGCAAUUUCGGAAUCAAGUUAUCAAUGUUGACGUAUUUUUUUAUCAUGUUGUUUAUGCUGUGUCAAUCUUUGAAAAGAGUUGUGAUUAGACGGUUUGCGUGUGUGGUAAAACUAACUUAUGUGCUCCAAUUUUAUCGUUUUUGUUCUGAAUCACAUUUCCCUAUGAAAACUGUUGUUUAUGUGCUUAAUCACAUUUACGUUUGCGACUCUAGGUUUUUUAUGUGGUUUGGGUAACACGUGAGAUUCAUUUGAUUUCAUGAUUCGUUGGUAAUUUGAAUAAUGUUCUGAAAUUGGUAAUGUUUGUGCCAUUUUGACUGGACAGGAAUAGAAGUUUCUAAUAAGUGUAAUACAGAACUGUUUAGGAGGAAUACACAUUGUAUUAAGAUUUUUGGCAGAUGAGAUUAUGGUGUCAGUAUGAUGGAAGUUGCCCGGGGAGUUACGUGUAAUUUACCUCUUAAGCAGAGGUAAACUACUUGAUGGAUUCAGCCAAAAGUUGGUUCCACAAGUUUCAGCAAAGCGACCGUUUGAGGACAUUGAGGACAGUGAGUAGGAAGAAAGACUCAAUGGGUAGUGCAAGAGAAGAACCACCGGCAGACCUACUUGCUGAUGACGAAGCCUCAACUCUCACAAAACAGAAGGUGGCUGCUGCAAAGCAGUACAUUGAAAAUCAUUACAAGGAGCAAAUGAGGAAUCUUCAGGAAAGGAGGCAGCGGCGAAACGUACUUGAAAAGAAGCUAGCUGAUGCUGAUGUAUCUGAGGAGGAUCAAAAUAACUUAUUAAAAUUUUUGGAGAAGAAAGAAACUGAAUACAUGCGCCUUCAGAGGCACAAAAUGGGUGCCGAUGACUUUGAGUUACUCACUAUGAUUGGGAAAGGUGCUUUUGGGGAGGUUAGAGUCUGUAGAGAGAAGACGGCAGGUUGUGUAUAUGCAAUGAAAAAGCUUAAGAAAUCAGAAAUGCUUCGUAGAGGCCAGGUUGAACAUGUGAAAGCUGAAAGGAAUCUGCUUGCAGAGGUGGAUAGCAAUUGCAUUGUCAAAUUGUAUUGCUCUUUCCAAGAUGACGAGUAUUUGUAUCUUAUCAUGGAAUAUCUUCCGGGUGGCGAUGUGAUGACUUUAUUGAUGAGGAAGGAUACAUUGACUGAGGAUGAGGCCAGAUUUUAUGUAGCAGAGACAGUUUUGGCUAUUGAAUCUAUUCAUAAACACCACUAUGUACAUAGAGACAUUAAGCCUGAUAACUUACUACUUGAUAGGCAUGGUCAUUUAAGAUUAUCAGAUUUUGGCCUGUGCAAGCCUCUAGACUGUAGUACUCUAAAAGAAGAUUUUGCAGUUGGAGACGGUGUUAAUGGAAAUUCAAAAUGUGAGGAUAGCUCAGCUCCAAAACGCACGCAACAAGAGCAAUUGCAACAUUGGCAGAAAAAUCGGAGAAUGCUUGCUUAUUCAACUGUUGGUACACCCGAUUAUAUUGCUCCAGAAGUUCUGUUAAAGAAGGGCUAUGGAAUGGAAUGUGAUUGGUGGUCCCUUGGUGCUAUCAUGUUUGAAAUGCUAGUGGGUUAUCCUCCCUUCUAUUCUGAUGAUCCUAUGUCUACAUGCCGGAAGAUAGUGAACUGGAAAUCACAUCUAAAGUUUCCAGAGGAAGCUACACUUACUUUUGAAGCAAAAGAUCUGAUAAGCAAACUACUCUGUAGUGUUAAUCAGAGGCUUGGUUCAAAUGGUGCAGAUGAAAUAAAGGUACAUCCUUGGUUUAACGGGAUUGAGUGGGAUAACAUAUACAAUAUUGAAGCAGCAUUUAUUCCCGAGGUUAAAGAUGAGUUGGAUACCCAAAAUUUUGAGAAGUUUGAAGAGGCUGAACACCACACUUCAACUUCAUCAAAAUCUAGUCCAUGGAGAAAGAAUAUGCUUUCUUCCAAAGACAUCAACUUUGUGGGGUACACAUACAAGAACUUUGAAAUUGUGAAUGACUACCAAGUUCCUGGAAUGGCUGAACUGAAGAAGAAAAAUACCAAGUCAAAGAGGCCAACAAUCAAAUCACUUUUUGAUGAUGAUUCGGAAGCAUCUGAGACUGGUGGCAGCCAAUAAAAUGACCCUUAUCCUCAGCAUUGUUUCAACAGAUGUGGAUUUGCUUGCAUUCAAGUUACUGCUGUUUCGUCUUCAACGAAUAUAGAGUUUGUUAGGUUCCAGAGAGGGAAAAAGAUUUCGAGUGGCUCGUUGCUUUCGAUCUGCAACUGAUUUGCUGCCCUCGACCUUUUCUUUACAUAAAGCAGAGAUCAUUGACUGACUCAUUUGUAGGAAUUUUUUUCUUGUUGUCAACCUUUUCGGGAACCACAGCUUAUUGCAUGUAGAAUACAGAAUGACCAAUUUCUUGUUGAAACUCUAUAAAAGUUAACAAAUUGUAGCUUA